AUGCAGCUUGGACGAGCCCGAUUUGUCCGCCUACAUGAUAACGUCAACUACGUGGCGGCAGCUGUAAUUUGCGCGGGCGAAGGCGACGACACCGAAAUCCUCCUCAUCCAAGAAGCCAAGAAAAGCUGCUACGAGAAGUGGUAUCUCCCAGCUGGACGAGUGGAGGCUGGCGAGACAUUGAUUGAAUCUGUCCACCGCGAAGUUUUGGAAGAAGCCGGAUAUACAGUUGAGGUAAAGGAGAUCACGUCUUCGAAGCCGCCGGUGAAAUUGAGGGGCCGAGACUUCCUGAAAUUGGUGGACGAAGGGCUGGCCUAUCGGACGGCUAAACGCUUCGCCAACGUGCCCCCAAUUCUACCAGUCAACGAGCCGUACGCCGGGCUUUUCGUCGAGUUCAUGAUUUGUAAAUACAACAAAGACGAUACCCGAGUCGACGUGCUCGUCCACAAGUCAAUCACCACAGAGCAGGCCAUGGCCGCCCAUGACCAGCCUUUUCCCACUUGUGAAUUCGGCUUCGAGUAUUUCUUCGCGAUGGUCAUCUCUAAAUGUUAUAGGCACCUCCUCGAUGAAGGCUCAAACGCCCUUUUCGUCCCGUCACAAAUCGUCCGGUUACGAUGUGCGCCGACGCCGAUGGAAAGUAUCGCACACGGCUUGCAGGUUCGCCUGUUCUGCGAGCACAAAAAAUCUGCCGGAAAGGCACCGAUCAAAAGCCCGAGCAGAUAUCAUUGGCUAACCGUCUCAGACCCCGAGAUUCGACGCCAAUUUUACCUGGAGAAAAACCAAUACAGGCCCUCACUUCAUCUCCUC